UCUUCCCAUACUGCCACAAAACGCAAACUUGUUGCUCCAUUUACUCAAUGCCUACUUUUGUCGAAUGUUACAAAUAUGCAGUUAUGGGCAGUGUAGCACCUGUCAAGGCUUUGCGGAGCACGAAGUGCUCCACGGACCACGAUAUGAAACCCGCUGGUCUAGUGAACAGCAUUCGAACCAUCAUGAUGUUUAUAACAUUCGUUUUGAAUUAAGCGAAACAUUUUAAAAAUAAUAUUUUGGUCCACUCGAACUUUUUCUCCACUUUAUUCUAACAUAAAUUCAUUCAAACACUAUUUCACAGUACCAGUCAGUAGUAUCCCCUACUGCCUACUCUAAAGUAUCGGCACAACUGCCAAGAUAUUUCACCAUCAUCGCCAAUUAUCUCAACCAGUUUGAUGACUCACUCAGAAUGGCACUGCAAAGGUUUUGAUAUGCUGGAUGUUCAACAACAGUUGAUUAGAUAAAUGAUUGAAACGCUAUCUGAUAAUUUUGGAAUAUUUUGUUUUCGGCUAUUGGGUCAGUUACCUCCAGUCUCUUUCCCGGUGUGGUCAUCAUGGCAGAGCUUCCCCAGUUUGUGCACGAUGCGGUAGCGAAAAUAGCAGCGGAACAAGGUUUUACGAAUGAAGCCAACAUUACGUUUGAAUCGGGGUCCAAUAAAGGUGAUGGAUUCGCUAGUGAUAUGUUCCGGGCGAUUGUCCAACAGGAAGGGCAUGAGCGGUUGUUCGUUAUCUGCAAAUUGCCUCCACUGAAUGAAGCUCGCCGACGACAAUUCAACAGUAUGCUUAUUUUCGAAAGGGAAACCUUGGUUUACAAUACGUUAUUGCCGAAGAUGAUGAAAUUCCAACGAGAUAAGGGUAUAAUUGAAGAUGAAGGAUUUUUUAGCGUUGCCAAAUGUUACAUGGCGGUUUGUGACGCUCAAAAAGAAGAGGCCAUAAUUGCAAUGGAAGAUCUUCGUCGGCGCAACAUGCACAUGUGGAAUAAACUCGAUCCGGUUAAUUACGAGCAUGUUCGAAUGAUGAUGAUUCAGCUAGGCCGGUUCCAUGCCGUAUCUUUUGCGUUGAAGGAACAGCGGCCAGAUUUGUUUGAAACAUUCAAAGUUCCGGAUCUAAUGUCCAAAGCAAUGGCAGAAAAUGAAAUGAUAAAAACAUUGCUAAGUGCAACCAUGGAUAGAGUAAUUGGAGUGCUGAAUGAACAAGAUCAUGUUGCACGACGGAAAAUGCAGGUAUUGAAGGAUAACUACAUGGAGACUGUAAUGCACUGCUGUAACGGUGAAAAGGCAGAACCCUUUGCAGUGCUAGCUCAUGGCGAUUGUUGGAUAAAUAACAUAAUGUUUACGUAUAAGAACAAGAAACCUAUGGAUUUAACUCUGUUGGAUUGGCAAGGAGCUCGCUAUGUAGCCCCAGCUAUAGAUUUAUCCUACUUCUUCUUUUGUUGCACAGACGAGGAAUUCCGCCGAAAGCACUACGAUGAAAUGCUUCGAGUUUAUCACAAUUCGCUGAGUGAACUCUUGGAGAAACUAGGCGGUGAUCCUGCUAGCCAAUUCCCAUUCACUGCUCUACUUAGACAGUUGACUCGCUACGGGUGUUACGGUGUGUUAAUGGCUGCUUUCGUACUGCCCGUGAUUUGUACGCCCAACGAAGACGUUCCUGAUUUAAAUGCAUCUGCCGAAAGAUAUCAAGAGUCCCAGGAAUUCGAAGCAAAUACCUUUGCCACUUAUGGGGCUUCCGAACAAAAUUUUCACCGGCGGAUGGCUGGAGUGGUUCGUGAUAUGAUUCGGUUCGGAUACAUCUAGAUUGCAGCGACCAAAUUUUUGUUCAUGUAAUCAAGAGAGAAUAAUCUUUAAUAAUAUUAUGUUGUAACAAAUUGUGCGAUAUAAAAGCAGUAAAACGAGUUCAAUAUUGUUUAUU